ACGUUAGUGUUUCUUCGAACACGCGUCACAGUUUUUUUUCCCCCUAACUUGUACACACGUGUAGGGAGCGAAGAGUGUGUACCUGUCUGUCUACGGUGAGGUUUUAAGCAGCUAAACUACUUUCUACUGUCCUUAAAAAUGGCCAAAAGCCUCCGGAGCAAAUGGAAGAGGAAGAUGAGAGCAGAGAAGAGGAAGAAAAACGCUCCCAAGGAGCUGGCACGUCUGAAACAAGCUCUGAGUCUGGAUAAGAAAGGGGAAGCCAUCAUGACUGAUGUGCAGGAGAUCGCCACUGUGGUGCCAGCUGACAAGAUCAAGAAACAGAAAGAUGUGGUGAUGGGUGAAGUGGAGGAAGUGGAGGGUGACGAGGGGAAGAUGGACAUGGACAGCAAGCGCAGCAAGAAAACUCUGUUGGACGACAACGGUCAGUACCCUGUGUGGAUGAAUCAACGACAGGCCAAGAAACUAAAAGGCAAACGAAUGGGAAAGAAAGGCAAACAGGGCAGUAAGAAGAAGGGUAUCGCCUGGUGAACAAGAGGGAAGCACCUUUGCUUCAAAGACUUCUGAUGCAGACACACAGGACUGUGAAAGUUCUGCUGUUUUAACUUUUUUUCUGUUCAGUGGAUUACAAGAUUCAUGGCUGUGCCACAGAGCCUGCUCAAGUAAUUCACUGAAGGGAGAUGUUUGUUCUUAUGGAACAGCAGCUUCAUUUCUGAGUUUCAAGACGGUAAGACUUGUCUGCCUUUAGCUUGUUCUUUCAUACAUCACAGUAAUACAGGUAAUUGUCAUAUUCUCCACUACAGUUUAAGUAUUGUUUAUUCAAGUAUUUUGUCUUACACCAUUUAAGACUGGGCAAUACGAUUACAAUCAAUAUUACUGGGACUGAGACACCGAUCCUGAACCACAGUGUCUCAGGUUGAUGUCAUCUGUUGCAUGUCAUUCCCCAUUUUCUCCCCAGUUUCUGUUCUGUCUCUACUGUCGGUAUCUAAAUCUAUUGGAAUAUUUGUCAGAUGUCACUGAAUAUACCAUGAUAGAGACGAUGUAUGUAAAAUGAAAACAUGGUGUAAAUAAAAUGCCUCUCACUCAUAAAAGUCACUUUUUUAAAUUAGCUUGAAAUAAUUUCUUCAGAGAGGUCCAGUUAAAGAUGAUGAAUAAUAUUGAUCCUAAUGUCACUGUGAGCUGACACUGAUGUCGCCGGACUCAUUAAAGGUGGCUUAUCACACAAAA